AUGUCAGACAAUCCUCAAGAUAAACCCACUGACACUCCGGGAACCCGAAAGGAGAACGUAUAUGGAAAAUACGGACUACUACCUUACACCCCAUCCGUCGGCAAAUCUGAAAUCAAAACUUGGAAAGAAGCAUGGGAGAUAAAGACCGACGACGACCCACCUCCCGAGAGGGUAAAGAAGAAUUCGGCACCGACCCAGGGCACGUCUGCUCGUCGAGAAACUGGGUGUUUUCAGGACCGUGCACCCGUGGCUUCAGUAUUACCUUGGGACGAGUCACCAUUUUACGAUAUUGCGUAUGGAAGAAUUCCAGGCGAUCCGAGGAUAUUUAAGGAUGAUGAGCGACCAGGGAAAAGGGUUUCCCCGAAGAAGACUCCUAAGAACUCUCCUAAGAAGGAUUAA